AUGCAACGACACGAGACUCGACAUGAGGCUGUGGUGCAACAACGACACAAGGCUGUAGUGCAACAACGACACGAGGCUGUUGUGCAACAACGACACGAGGCUGUAGUGCAACAACGACAUGAGGCUGUAGUGCAACAACGACAAGAGGCUGUUGUGCAACAACGACAUGAGGCUGCUGUUGUGCAAAAACGACAUGAGGCUGUAGUGCAACAACGACACGAGGCUGUUGUGCAACAGCAACAUGAGGCUGUAGUGCAACGACACGAAGCUGUAGUGCAACAACGACACAAGGCUGUAGUGCAACAUGACGAGGCUGUAGUGCAACGACAUGAGGCUGUUGUGCAACAGCGACAUGAGGCUGUAGUGCAACAACGACACGAGGCUGUAGUGCAACAACGACACAAGGCUGUUGUGCAACAGCGACAUGAGGCUGUAGUGCAACAACAACACAAGGCUGUAGUGCAACAAUGA